UGAAAACAUGAGAUCUUUAGAAGGUUUUCAGGAUGGAUUGUUACAACCUGAGAAUCUGUUUACUAUAUGUACAAAUACCAUCAUUAGAAAGCCCACCUCUCUUUGCAGGAAUACGUGGGAAGACAAAUUGGCGCAAAUUAAAACAAUUUUGUAAUGUUACUGGCUCCCCUUGUUCCUGUUUCCACACUUGAUAAUUCAGAUUUAAAGACUAGCUGCCAAUGGAAUAUCAUUACACAGGUAUGUCGACACUAUCUGUCCAGUCUACCAACCAACCUGAACACUGCUAUACUAGAUCAGGCCCAUGCAAUAUUUGACAACCAUUUUGAUGUGAAUAAAUUGCUUCUUGUGGUGCUCUCCACUUUGGGAAACUCUAAAACCGAAGUUUUGAAAACCCCUGUUUAUCUUUAUUCUAAUAAACCUGGAAGAAAAAGAUUGUUGGAAAAUCUAUUGGAUUCUGAUUGUGUUGAAGUGUACAAAGAGGCCCAUCUAGAUAUGUACAAUUUCUAUCACAGACCUGACUUGACUUUAUCCUGGAGGGAUGAUUUAGAAGACGAAUUUCAGCUUCUCAGGUUGAGUUUAUCUGACGAUGAGACUCUCCUUGUUCAUCAGUUUCUAGAGAGAAGCGUAAACCUGACAGUCCUCUCUAUACAUACUGUAGCAACCAAUCAGAUGCUCUCAAUUAUCAGUAAAAACUGCGAAAACCUGACCAAACUUGAUGUUUCUUUCUCUAAAAAUGUCUCGGAUGAUGGGAUGGCAAUCCUUGCCACCAGUAUUCCUCUGCAGUCCAGUCUAAAGAUUUUGAAAGCUGAAAACACAAUGAUAACCCAAAGCGGGGUAUUUAUUUUGCUGGAACAUCUAGAUCACUUAGAAUACCUGGAAUCAUCAGCUGUAGAGGACUACAUCUACUGUAUGCAGAAUUUCUUCUCAAAAUCCAAUGUUCUUGACGCUGCUCUGGUCCACAACACAAAUCAUUAUUUUAAAAUAAAAAAACUGAUGCUUAGUCUGAACAAGCACUACUCGGAUAAACUAAGCAUAUUUUAUGUUCUAACAAUGAUAUUUCCUAAUGUAUCAAACCUCAGCCUGCAUUCGGUUCACAGGAACGAGUUUGAGAAUAUUCAUAGUCUGUCCCAUCUGUCCCAGCUCAACAGUUUAAUGUUAGGAUCAACUCCUCUGCAAUGGCUGAUUCCUGUGUUUACUAAGAUUGGGCGAAAUCUAACAACAUUUUGUUAUAUUAAUUAUAACGCUCCCAACAUCGAUAUAAACUUUUCGAUCAUAUCUGAACUUUGUGAAAAUCUGGAAAAUGUCACAAUCAGUGGACACUCAUUAGUUCACAGCGACAUCUCUGAAAAUGCGCUAAAACAGCUGAAACAUGUGACAAUAAAUGCGCAUGCGCACAUACCGCGUGCCAUUUGGACCCAUCUUCUUUCUUCUUGUAUCAAUCUUAUCUCUUUGUCAUUGACUAAAUGUGAAAAUUUAAAUGAUAAAGCAUUGAACAAUGUUUUAAACAGAAACAGUGUCAACAAUUUGGAAAAGUUUAUUAUUAAAGGUUGUCAUAAAGAAGAUAUUGAGCUAAGUGAACAUUCUGUAGAACUACUUAAGCGAAGAUUUCCUGAAAUUAAAGAAAUUGGAGAUUUAUUCUCUUGGAGUUUAACUCCUAGAGAUUUUUCUGUUACCGAGAUAAGAAGACUGAUGUAAUUAAAAGCAGGGGCGUUACAGGUGACAUGGGUGGGAAUAUGAGGACUACACCCCCCUAUGCACCAUGUGACACUGCUUUUGUCUCCAUGAUGGGAGGGGGGGGGGNGUCAGACCCAUGUUUCAAAUAUGGUAACUUUACCAGCCCCCCCCCAUACUUAUAUGUACCCUCGUGAUAAAUGUUAUGUUUCAACUGUUACCUCUAUACAUUUUCUGAAUUUUAUGUACAACCAUGUAAACUAAAGAUCAUGAAUUGAUAAAAUAAAGUUUAACUGUUGAAAUUAAUUUGUUAACUUUUUAAAUUUUUUAAUCCCUUGUUCAUGUGCAAUCUGUUGUUGUAAACCAUUCAUAUAUAUCUAUUUAUAAAUUUGGCUUGUCUGUUUGUAUCCAAUAAACGUCAAAACGGCU